AUGGUGCUGUCUCUGCUUCCUCUUCUCAUCCUCCUGGUGCCUCCUUCCUCCUUCGCCUCCUUGUCACAGAACCUCACCCGUCCAGGUGUCCUCUACCGUAAAACUCUGCCUGCUGAGGCUGCCGCUGGCCUGUUUCUGCAGAACCAACCCUUCACCGUAGUGUGGAACAUGCCCACGGCAAACUGUCAGAAACAACACAACAUAAAGCUGGACCUGGAGGAGUGUGAUAUCGUGGAGAACUGGAAGCAGCGCUUCCAGGGACAGAGAAUGACCAUCUUCUAUCGAGACCGCCUGGGGAAAUAUCCAUACCUGUCCCCCGACGGCAGGGAGGUGAACGGAGGCCUCCCCCAGCUCGGUGACCUCUCUGCUCACCUUUCCCUCACAGUGACACAGAUGUCCGUCCUGCUUCGUCCCGACUUCUCUGGGGCGGCCGUCAUCGACUGGGAGGAGUGGCAGCCGCUGUGGGAGAGCAACGUGGGGUCCCAGAUGGAGUAUCGGAGGCAGUCCAAGCUGCUGGUGAGACAGGAGAGACCUGACUUGUUGGAGAAGGACGUGGUGCUGUCGGCACGGCAGGAGUUUGAGGGGAGCGCUUGGAGGUUUAUGGAGGAGACCAUACGGCUGGCGGUCAGGCAUCGGCCCAAAGGAUUCUGGGGCUUUUAUGGGUUCCCUUCUUGUUUUAAUAAACACAAGAGAAAAACAGAUCAAACGUACACGGGUCGUUGCCAUAAGGGGACCCGGCAGUUGAAUGACCGGCUGUCCUGGCUCUGGACUCAGUCCACAGCUCUGUACCCGAGCAUCUACCUGCCGCAGAGACUGGCAGGGUCUGCAGAUGCAGCUCUGAUGGUCAGACACAGACUGCUGGAGGCUAUGAGGGUGGCAUCAACUUGGCGUCAUGGCAACAAUACCAUCCACACCACACCUGUCCUUCCUUAUGCCCGACUCGCAUUCACGCACUCCCUUAACUUUCUCAAUCAGACAGACUUGGAGCACACACUCGGAGAAAGCGCUUCACUCGGUGCAGCUGGAGUCGUGUUGUGGGGGGAGAUGAAAUUUGCCAAAUCCAAUCAACAGUGCAUCCUCCUCAGAAAUUACAUCCACAGCACCCUGGGUCCAUUCGUUCGGUCGCUGAGGUCUGACACACAGCGCUGCAGCCUCCAACGUUGCCAUGGCAACGGGCGCUGUGCCAGGCGACGCCCCAGCUCCGGUCUCAGUCUGUCUUCCGGUCGCUCCUCUGAUCCUCAUGGGGCAGAUGAGUCCAGCAGCAGCAGAUACUUUCAGAGACACUUCACGUGUCAGUGCUUUCCAGGCUGGACCGGACCCGAGUGUCACGAGAAGAGUGGACAGAACCACGAUUGACCCAAAC